UGAGAUGAGUGCAGACUCCUCAAGCAACUCCACCUGCCCUGCCAAUAGCAUGGAAGGAGAGCUGCCAGGGGGAAUGGAGGGCCGCGGGACCCUGAAGCUUGUUUUCACCGUGGUGUCAGCCCUGAUGGUGGGUCUGGUCAUGUUCUCUUUCGGAUGUUCUGUGGAGAUUCGGAAGCUGUGGUCACACCUCAGAAGACCCUGGGGCAUUGCGGUUGGACUUCUCUGUCAGUUUGGGCUCAUGCCUCUGACAGCCUAUCUGCUAGCCAUUGCCUUCUCUCUGAAACCCUUCCAAGCUGUUGCUGUCCUCAUCAUGGGGUGUUGCCCUGGGGGCACCAUCUCUAAUGUCCUCACCUUCUGGGUUGAUGGAGAUAUGGAUCUCAGCGUCAGUAUGACCACCUGUUCCACAGUGGCUGCCCUGGGGAUGAUGCCUCUCUGCCUCUACCUCUACACCCGGUCCUGGAACCUUACGCAGAGUCUCACCAUUCCAUAUCAGAGCAUAGGAAUUACCCUUGGGUCCCUGGUUGUUCCUGUGGCCUUCGGUGUCUAUGUGAAUUAUAGGUGGCCAAAGCAAGCGAAAGUCAUUCUUAAGGUCGGGGCCAUCGUUGGUGGCAUCCUCCUUCUGGUGGUGGCAGUCACUGGUGUGGUUCUGGCACAGGGAUGGAACACAGAUGUCACUCUUCUGAUCAUCAGCUUCAUUUUCCCUCUGAUUGGCCACGCUGCUGGCUUCCUGCUGGCACUCCUCGCCCACCAAUCGUGGCAAAGGUGCAGGACGAUUUCCAUAGAGACAGGAGCUCAGAACAUCCAGCUGUGUGUCGCUAUGUUGCAGCUGUCCUUCACUGCCGAGUACCUGGUCCAGCUGUUUAAUUUUGCCUUGGCCUACGGACUCUUCCAAGUGCUGCAUGGGCUCCUCAUUGUCGCAGCAUAUCAGGCAUACAAGAGGUGGCAGAAGAGUGAACGCAGGAGGCAGCACCCAGAUUGCCCGGAGGCAGGCUAUGAGAACAAGCCCAGAGAGACCAGUGCUUUCUUGGAGGAAGAUGACGGAGCUGCUGUAACUCUCAGGCCAUCAGGGCCAGAGCAGCAGCACAGGGUUGCUGAGUAAUCAGUCACAUUCCUUCAUGUGAACAGUGGGAGACACAGGCCAGCUUGGCCCUCCAUCGUCCUUCAUGGCCAGUAAAGACCAUGCUCUGAUGAGCAAACAUCAUUGGCAGGUCUGUGUGAAUAUGCAACAUUUUUUCAUCCAGUCUCCUGUGGGACAGCGAGUGGUGGCUGGCAGUGAGCAGUAGGUAUCUCCCUUGGAAGCUGAGAGACAACACCGUGUAGUGACAUCACUCACACCACAGGAUGGA